AUGGCGACUACAGCAGCGCCCCGCCUCUUCACCCCUGGAAAGCCUCCACCAAGCCCAUCACCGUGGGCAGAGAACUGCGCGUGGCCAGAGGGCCGCCCCCGCUUCCUCCUAGGAGCCCUGAAGUGCAGUCAGGCUCGGAGAACGAAAGCCCGGCGCCAGAGCCUUGCAGCAGGCCCUGCAGGUAGCCGGAGUAUGGAACCCAUGGGCCUUCAUAGCACCUCCCAAGCCCUGUACAUGGUCCUUUUAAUAGUGCUGGUCAUGAGGAGCUUGGUGUUUGGUAAUUUUGAUCCUGUCAAUCCGGAACCCCCUCAUCCAGCUCAGUUCUCCAAAUAUCUGCGCUGCUAUCGAUGCCUCUUGGAGACCAAGGAGUUGGGAUGCCUUCUGGGAUCUGACAUCUGCCUUGCCCCCCCUGGCAGCAGCUGCAUGACUCUGCUCAUAAAGAACAGCAGUGGUUCUGACAUCAUGGUGAGUGACUGCCGCCGCAAGGAGCAGAUGAGUGAUUGUUCGUAUACCCGCUCUUCUCCAGUGUUUGGCUUCUGGAUAUUUUCUCGAUGCUGCUUCCUGGAGUUCUGCAAUAACCCUCAGAACAGAGUGUUCUAUAUUCCUUAGAACUUCUGCAGAGACUUUUAGAAUAAAACCCUGCUAGUUACCAUCCAUCUUCCUGAUUUCCAUCUGGGUGGCAGAGCCAGAACAACUUCUAGUCCCUUUUACCGGCCCUAUCGGCCUCCUAGCUGACACCCAACACCCCUCUUCCCACUCAGCCCCUCCCCCAGGUCCCCUCUCCAGAAUUCUCUGAGUUUUCCCUUCAAGUUCUCACGGUUUGGUGGCUUUACUCUUCUCUCCUCCCAUCUCUCAGCUGCUUCUUGGCCUUGCUUUGCCCCUUCUCCCACCAUGGGCCUCUCUAGCCUCAAGUCCCCAGGUGUUCCUCCCAAAUAAAUUGGUGUACAAACUGUA